AGGAAGAACAGUAUCGUGUUUCGUAUGUGCGUCAUUAUUGUUUUUUGUUUGUAGACAGAUAAACACUGUUUCUCGUAUGAUCUCCAUUAUUUGUUUGUCAGUUAAAUGAUGGUAGUGAAGUCAGUGUCGUUGAUCGAAUUAAAAAAACAACAAUGGGCAAAAGAGAAAGAAGAGAUUGUAAAAUUAAACAGUUAUUGGAGAAAUCAAAACACACCUAUUGUUUUCAAUGAUCAAAGGGAUCAUGUUAUUUAUCCAGGAAUACGCCCAAGUGACAUUGAUCGUCUAGCCAUAUAUAAAGGUUUAGAAACCCAAAAAAAUUUAAGUUUUCCACCAAUUUCUCACGAUAAUCAAAAACAAAACAAUACCUAUACUAAUAAAAUUGAAAAAGAUCUAAUUAUUGAUACUGGGGUGAUGGAUGAUUUUAAACCAAAAAGUACUCAUACUAUACUAAAUCGGACAUACACAAUAUCAAAAGAAAACAAUACAAAUGAAGGAGUAGGUACGCUAGAAAGACAAAAGUGGGAUAAGCAAAAUAAUGCUGGUGGGUUAAAUCCACCAAGCUUUAAUUCAAAUGAGAGAAAAUAUUUAACCAAUGAAAGAAAUGAAACACCAACAUGGGUAGAAUAUCCAUUAGAAAAACCCGAAAUUGGAAAAACACAAAUCCAAGAUACCCAUAGAGCUUCAGAUUUUGGUGGUAGCUGUGACACUUUAAAUUCGUUAGAUUCGAACAACGUUUAUAACAGGACUUACUUGCUAGGACAAAAUAUUCCAUUGACCACUGAAGAAUUAGCUGCUAGAGAAGUAAAAAGGCAAAAAGCAAUGGAACUUCAAGAAGCUAUAAAACAACAGUUAAAAGAAAGGCAAUUAAAAAAAAAAGAAGAACUCGAAAAGAAAAAACAGGACGAUUUGGUAGAAGAACGGCGUAUACAAAGGCAACAAGAAAUUGAAAGAAAACGGCUAGAAGACGAGAUGAAGCGACAACGGGAAAAAGAAUUGUGUGAAGAACGAAAAGCAAAAGCAAUGCAAGAAGUUUUAGAGAAUGCUCAAAAACAAGCAAAAGAGGACAAAUCCAAACACAUGCAAAAAAAAAGACAUAAUCAGGACGAAAUCAAAGAACAAAUUUCCACAGAACCUGUAGUAGUAGUUAGUAACUGCAAUGAAACUAAAUUAGAACCAAAAGUUUGCUUAGAGCCUAAGACACAAUCAAACGCCCCAAAUACAGUAGAGGUAAAAGAGAUUCCGAAGUUGCCGGACGUCGACGUUACACUUCAAACUUCACCAUCCCCGCUAAACCGCCAAAAAUUGUUAACGCCGAGUAAAUUUCGGAGUCAGACUACUAGUGUUGCCAUACAAACGGACAUUUUAAAGAAACCAGCAAAAUCUUCAGUCGGAAAUGUAUACCAAAAAUCUAUAGAUUUGGGCCAAAGGCCUAAGUGGGGAGUAAAUAGACCAGAAGUACAGUAUAUUAAACAAAGUGCCAAAGAUCCGAAUUACCAGUUGAAAUUGAAACAAAAGUCUCCAUGGACCAGACGGAUAAAUAAUACAAAUUCAACAAAAAGCCAAUUAUCAAACAUGAACGGACGAACUGGAUUUACAUUUCCGGAUAAUUAUUCAAAAAAGACGUUUGCAUACGGCCGGCCAAAUUUUGCAGAAAUGAAAAACAGUAAUAGUGUUUCAGAUAAAACUCCUUCAUUGUCUGAAAGCAUAUCGGUUAGUGAUGUGUUAUACCAAUUAUCGUCACUACGAAAAGUACUGGAAACCAAACGAAAACAUUGGAAAAGUGUUAUUGCUGAUGAAUCACCGUCAUCGGAUUCUUCAUGAUUAUUUAAUAUUAAAUUUAUGAAUUUUUAAUGUUACCAUUUUGGAACAACAGAUAACAGUAGAAAAUAUGUAACUGACAAACUAUAUAGUUAAUAUUCAAAUAUUAAAGAAUAUUAAUAACAUUAUUUUUCAUAAAAUAAUUGCAAUACGAGUAUAUUUAUACUAAAUUACUGUAAUCAGAAAUAUUUUUUUCUGUAGAUUCAGAAAAAAUGUUCAAAUAAAAAUAAUAAAAGAAGUAUUGAUACAUUUUAUACGUACCAAACUAUAAAACUAAUUAAUUAAAACAAUAAAAAUAUUUUUUUUUUAGUACCAUUUAUUUUUUAUUAAAAAACGCUUGUCAAGUCAGAAAUCGGCAUGUAAACUUUCUUAGUUUUCAAUUUUUAUAAAUGUGUUAAUUGUAUGCAAUAUGUAUGUAUAAUGUAUUUUAAUUUUAUGUUCAUUUAGUGAGAUAGAUCUAUCUCUGAAACCGGAGAGCGGAUUUUGUUGUUUGUGGUCUUGUUAGAUUCACAUUAGCUAGGAUAAGUGCAGUGAAGAUUUUCAGAACUUUAUCUUUUAUAGUUAAUUUACUGCAGAGCUUCAAAAAAAAUUAAAACACAUUUUAUUAGACGUUUUUAUGUUUUGCAGCUUUAUAGCUUUGUAGUGAGUUAACGAUUGAAGCUAAAGUUCUGAAAAUCUUCACAGCACUUCUUCUAGCCAGUGUGCAUCUAACAAGACCCCAAAUUGUUCAAAAUCCGUUCUCCAGUUUCGGUAAUCUACCACGCUAAAUGAAAAUCUAGCAAAAUAUACCUAUUUUUUAAUUUUUAAUCUCACAUUUUGUAUCUACUUGAUAAUCCUUUUUAAUGAGCUAUUAACUUUUUAGCUAUAAUAGUUUUGGAGAAAAGUUAAAAAUUAGAAAUUUUGGGACUGUUCACGCCGACGUUUUUGUGAAUUCAAAUAGUUAUACCGCUUGGGUGUGAUAUCGAAUCUCUCUCAUUAAUAUUUUAUGUAAAAGCUAGCUUAAUUAUCCACCUACUCAUUACAACUAAGUUACAUUUUUAUCAUUUUCCUAUUUAACAAAAAUUCAUACUUUUUUCAUUUCAAUUACCAUACUUACUUGAUUAAAAAUCAAUAAAGUAAAAAUUUAAUUUUGCUGAAUUGCCUUUGCCUGCUAUAGGUAUAAUUUUCAUAUUUUAUAAUUUAGUAUUUAUAUAAUAGAUAGUAUUAUUAUUUAAACUUUUAAAAUGUUAUAUGAUUGUUAUUUAGUGGCUAUCGAUAUUAUAUAAAGGUAUAUUAUGUACAUAAAUUGUAAUUGAAGAUUAUUAUUUAUAAUAAUACAAUUUAUACGUCUUAUCCAUUGCUAUAUC